AUGGCCCGGUUCUUGCUGUGCUUGGCGGCGGCGUGCUGCUGCUGCCUUGCGCUGCUCCUGCCGCCGGUGCAGGGCCGCCCUGGCCCUGGCACCCGCAGCGAUCAUCAUCUCCUGUUCCCGGAGCCACACUUUGAUGCCGCAGAGCCGACGGAGCAGCAGGGCAGCAUGUCGGUAAAGGCGACGCCGUCGUGGUCACCGCCGCCGCCGCCGACGGCAGGGGGCGUCGUCACGCCGGAGCUGCGGUGGGUGCCUGGAGGCGUGAACCCGUUGCACGACCACGGCAGUACCACCAGGCAGGAUGAGGAACGCACCCCACCGGCGGCAGCGGCGGCUGUGGAGGGGAGCGUCGCCAGGCCGGAGAUGCGGACGGCACCUUGGGGCGCGAACCCGUUGCACAACUAG